CUCCAGAGACGGUUCCGAUGGUGGAUCCGACAACGGUGGUCCCGCGAAGGACCUCGACCUUCAUCUGCUGGCCGGUGCGCUCGGCGAAGCCUUCGAUGGUGACCAUGUCGCGCAUGGGGAAGGCGACGAUGUUGGAAGGCGCCACGGGGAGGGCGGCUUGAGCGGUGAACGCCGAGAGCGCCGCGAGGGCGAGGGUGGCGAGGAACUUCAUCGUUUGGUGGAUGGGGGGAGGGACGGAGUGCGGUGAAUGUGGUGAGGGGACUGCCAGCUGCCCAUUCCUUUUGUACUAACGGGUAUGUGGGGAAUGGUUCCAGCGGGAGGCAUGACGCUCGUAUCUACCGCUGGAAUAUGCUACACAACGAGGCUUCCACAAUCGGACAACCUAUGCAAAUCUGCCCCCCGGCUCCUUGUCAGCUGUCCUCACUACCGGUUAUCUUUUCGCCUAUGGCCUAGACCCUCGCUCACCCACGCCCCCAUGCUCGUCUCCCACCUUUUUUUUGCCUCCAUGAGAAUUUUGGAGGCCCCAACACAAAAUGUAGUAUCCCCACUGGUGUCGUCAGCUGGGCCGUCGAGCUACAUCCCGUCCUGUGACUCUACAGGCUCCCAAUCUGAACAAGAAUCAUGGACGAUUAUUUUCCUGUACGAUGCAGCAUGAUGAUGGUGCAUGGCAGCAACAGGUGGUUGUUCACUCCGCGCGGUUCUCUGUCUCUGUGUUUAUCACAGAUGUUGUCUGAGUUUGAACGGGGUAGGGAAACUGAUGGCAAGCAGAUUUUGUCCGUCAGUCUCAAAUUUGAC